GCUGAGCCUGGCUGUGCCCGCCGUGCCCCGCGGUCAACAAGUAGUGCGCUGUGCCGCCGAGCCGCGACGCCGUGCGCGAGUACGUGCCCUCCACGACAGUGACAGUGAUCUUGACGUGAAGCAGCGUUGUGUCACCCAGUGUCACCUAGUGUCAUCCAGUGUCACCCAGUGUCACCCAGUGUCACCCAGUGUCACCCAGUGUCACCCAGUGUCACCCAGUGCAGUGACAGGUCCAUCGCGAGGAGCACGCGUCGCCACCAUGCUGCCGUCGCUAGCCAUCGUCCUGGCUUCCUUGUGCGCGGUGGCGCGCGCACGGUUCGGCGGCACUCUGGGCGGGUACAACCUGGCGCAGACCUCGCAGUACCACAUCCAGACCGACGAGGGCCCGGAGCGCUACUUCCGCUACCAGACCGACAGCGGCCAGUACCGCAAAGAGAAGCGGCUCGAGGACGGCACCGUGGUCGGCUCGUACGGCUGGGUGGACGCGGACGGCUACUUGCGGCUCCGCGACUACGUGGCGGACAACAACGGCUACCGCAUCGUCCGCACCAAGAAGCUGUGGGUGGGCGACGAGCCCAUCGGCCGCGCCGUGGCCACGGCCAAGUUCGCCCCGAGCCAGGGCGGCGUCGGCGUGGCCAACGCCAUCAUCCCCAACCCGACGCCCAGCCCCUACGACGUCGUGUACCCGCCAGUGGUGUCGCCCGCCUCCGGCGUCCCGGAGACGGUGUAUGUGACGCCGCCAUCGCCCUACGGCGUGAGGGUGUCCACCCCGGCCGCCUACCUGCCUCCCGUUGCGUCCUACCUGCCCCCGGUCAGCUCCACCCCACGCCCCUACUACUCGACGUCCACCCCCGCCGUGGUCAGCUCAACCCCGCCCUACUACCCGUCCUCCACCCCCAGUGUGGUCAUCAGCUCAACCCCCCGCCCCUACUACCCGUCCUCCUCCCCCACCGUCGUCAGCUCCACGCCCCGCCCCUACUACCCGUCCUCCACGCCCGCCGUGGUCAGCUCUAGCUCGCGGCCCUACGGAUCGUCGACGCCCAAGCCCUUCGUGGUGGUGUCCUCCACGCCGUCGCCGAGCUACUCGUCGUCGGCCUCCCCGGCCAUCCCCGACGCCACGCCGUCGCCGAUCCGCGGCGAGGAGGCCUCGUCGUACUCGUCGCCGUCCGCGCCGCUGCGCCCCUACAGCAGCGCCAGGCCGCACCCCUUCCACCGCGGCCACAGCCAAGGCUACAGCAGCAGCAACCUGUACGACCACGCCGCGCCGCCGCGCCGCGGCUACAUCAGCGAGCUGCCCGGCACGUACGACGCCAACUCCAACUCGGUGAUCCCCGAGUACGACGGCAUCGCCGUCACCCACAACGGCUUCCGCUACUACCUGCCCAGGCAGUACCAGGAAGAGGAGAACCUCCCCGGGGACAGGCGGGCCGGCAGCUUCGGCUACGUCGACCCCUUCGGCAUCAGGAGGGUCAUCUACUACAACUCGUCGCCUGGCUCCGGUUUCCAGGUGCGGAAGAACAAUCGCUACGUGGGCUUCAACUCGACACCCUACGACCCCCGAUUCUGAGGCAUAGCCGACAUCGAAGACUGCAAAUGAGUGCGAACUCUACCAUGCGACCUCGCCUCGGGCCCUGCGACCUCGCCUGCGAGCGACGCAGUGCACGCAGUGGACGCAGCAGUCCGUGGCUCGCCAAGCCCGAGGCGAGAGGAACUCCAUCGGCACGGGCCGGUUCAGCUCCGAGGGCUAUUUUUCGCCGAACAGCCUGUCUCGAGUCCGAUUCUGGAGCGCAGACGCGACUUGCCAGAAAAUAGUCCCGAGCGUUUGGAGAUGUUUAUUUUUCAAGUAGUGACGACGGGUGUGAACCUACCACCCCGUCUACGAAACGUACUAAAAUGUUUUAUCAAAGCCAACUUACUUUAUGUAAAAUCUAAUAUUUCGGUGCUAAAAUGAAUGACGUGUGCCAUUUCAGAAUUAUGAUGAAAAUACAGAAACUGCAAGCAAAGGUGCCAAGAAUGUACGGAAGGAGCUCAAACAGGCUCACACGUUGGCUCAGCUGACAUUAAAUUUAAUGAUUUGCCAUUGCAGUUACGAAAAAUCUCAUGGAAAUGGCUCUGUGCGUUAGCUACUCCCGCUCUCCUUCAAACAUUUCCAGGGGAAUUUUCACAAGAAAAAAACCCUCGACUAGAGUGAAUGCGUUUAUAGAUUUCUAGAAGAGGCGCAAAUGUGUGAAUGCUGUACAUAGGUAAUUUUAAGUAUUUUAUUUUGAGUUAACGAACGAUGUAAUAGAAGAGCAACGCGAUAGAGCGCUGCUGAGUGAGUAGUAAUUAAAGAGCUCGACAGUAAGUUUUCUGUGAUAUGAAGAAUAUGAUGCUACCCCUGUCACAUAGUGUGAGUGCGCAAAGCGAAAUUAGAUCGUUGUUUACAAAGUAAUGAUGCCCACCCUUCAAUUUUUUUUAAAAGAGAGAGAGAGUGAUGUUGGUUGCGUGGUUGAAUUGCCGAUCCACCUCUAGUCAUGUGAAAGGGUGAGUAUUGAUCUAGAGGGCAACAACAUUGUCAAAUAGAGAAAGAAAGUAAAAGUUUUCAGAGUAAUUGUCUUGUUGCCAUUAUCUUUUUCUGGUAUAUCAGGUUGCUUUCAUCGCUUUGCUAGACCGGAUCGGCCAGAUUAGAAUUUCAUUGAAUUAAUAUUAGUUCUUAUUGGACUUUUGACGAAGAAUGUUUGUUUAAAAAUGCCAUAUGAAACAGAAUGCAGCAUUCUGCUUCCUUCCUACACUGUGAGAAAUAAUGCUUUCAGGUAGUGGCGUGAGUGCAUAAUAAUCUUUUUGUGUUUAACUCUCCAGAAGUUGUGGACUGAACGAAAUGCAUCGUGUAAACGCGACUGCCAGACUGCCAAUUUAUCGAGUUCGUUGUACGAACCAUACGUAAUGAGUCGGCAAGUAACAAAUAUUGAUUAUAAAAAGAAACAUAACUAGCUAACUUUUAACAAGAGUUGCGUUGACUUCACAAAUUACUUUGAAAUAAAUAAAUUUUCUCAACAACAAAAACCAGAA